AUGCAGCGAGCCACGAAUGCCGCCUUGAGGAAGGGCGUGAUGCCCCUCCACUCCCGUUUGAAGAUCGCCACUGGGCGCCAGCUUUGGGAGAGCGGCCUCCUUCCUCCGCUUCCCACCCUCCGCCCGCUCUUCCUCCACCUCCCACCCAACGUCCCCUCCGGGUUAGGGUGGGUUGAUGAGAACGCCAUGGAGCACCGCUUCACGAUGUUCGUGCAGACGGCCGUGGGCAAGAUGAUGCUGGACCACGCCCCGCACCACUGCACCGUGCACCUGCCCGCCGUUCUCCCCUUCGAGCUGCCCCACGUCAAAGCCAAGGUCGCAGAGAAGGAGUACGCGACGGUGGAGGAGGACAUUGCCAAGUACAAGUGCCGCGAGGUGCACUGGAAGGACUUCGUGUGGCCGCUGUGGCAGCUCUCGCGCCUCCACGAGAUGGCCCACCUGGACCCCGAGGCCGAGCCGCUUCCGCUCUCACCCCUCUCCUUCCGCGAGACCGUGUGCGGUCGCGACACGCACGAGUUCCUCCACCACGUGGAAGCGGCGGUGCAGGCGCAGCUGUUGCGGUUGCCGCGGGACAAGGAGCUGACGCACGAGAAGGCCGUGCACGGCAAGACCAGCAACCACCUGAGCCCCGAGAAGAUGCAGCGGGGCAUCGCGGCCGAGAAGGCCGCCGCCAAGGACCUCUGGCUCUACCCGCAGCUGGGCACCGACCUGUGUCCCGCCACCGCCGAGUUCGUCAUCGACGACACCGUGCUCAACGUGUCGGCGACGACUGAUCCGAGACGGCACUGGGAGAAGGGCCUCACGGAACUGUUCGCCUACGCAGCCCUCGCUCGCCAGCAGGGGAUGGCGGUGGGGGAGGUGGGCCUGUUCUAUCCGUUCUCGCGCCACUUGGUCCACGUGCCCAUCCACGAUUGGGACCACCGGCCUCUCUUCGACCGCGUUCUCAGCUCGCCCGACGUCGAGGUCGGCCCCGCUCCCGACGACCUCUACCGCGCCGUAGACUCCAGAUAA